AUGCUUCGUGAGCUCGAACCCUACGCGACAGGUCUGGGACCCUAUGGGUUGGCGGGAGUGCUGCUCCUGUCCACCUUGGUUUUGUUGCUGGCACCGUCGUACGGUUCGCGACUUCCCCUCGUCAAUGGGAAGAAACGCUUCGAAUUCCAAAGUACCAAUGCGAAAAGGCGUUUUGUGCAAAAUGCACAGAAUCUGAUCCAGGCGGGACUGGCGAAGGCCAGCGCAUUCCGCAUCAUCACCGAGAACGGUGAAAAGACAGUUCUGUCGCCAAAAUACGCCCCUGAACUUCGCAGCCACCAUGCGCUGAACUUCGGUUUGAGCGUAGCUGAAGAAUUCCACUCGACACUCCCGGGUUUCGAGCCCUUUGCCGAGGGAACUUCCGUCGAAUCGAUUCUGCAGGAUGCUAUUCGGACGAAACUGACGCAGAGUCUCGACUGGCACGAAGUCAACCUGAAGGGCACUAUCCUGCGAAUUGUGGCCCAGCUCUCCUCCAAAGUCUUCCUAGGCGACAGGAUCUGUCGCGAUCCCGCCUGGCUCCGCAUCACGGUCACCUACACGGUCAACUCGUUCCUCGCCGCCCAGGACCUCCGUAUGUGGCCCAAGCCCCUUCGACGUUUCGCGAACUGGUUCCUCCCGUCUUGCCGUAAAAUCCGGGAGCAGCUCAAGGAAGCCAAGGAUAUCAUCACGCCAGUCAUCGAAGAACGUCGCGCCGCCAAAGAAGCCGCCCUCAAGGAAGGCCGGGAGCCUGAACGCUACGUCGACGCCAUGCAGUGGAUGGAAGAAUCCGCCAAGGGCCGUCCCUACAACCCGACUCUCGCGCAGAUCUCGUUCUCCGUCGCUGCCAUUCACACCACGUCCGACCUGCUCACUCAAGUCCUUUUCGACAUCGCCGGCAAGGAUGACCUGGUUAACGAGAUGCGCGACGAAGUCAUCAAAGUGAUUCAGGAAGAGGGAUGGAAGAAGGCGACUCUGUACAAGCUUCGACUCAUGGACAGCGUGCUGAAGGAAACCCAGCGGGUGAAGCCCAUCGCUAUUGCCUCCAUGCGCCGUCUUGUCCAAGAGAAAGUCACUCUCUCCGACGGAACCGUCCUCCCCAAAGGCUCACACAUCCUCGUCUCCACCAACAGCAUGUGGGACGAGAGCGUAUACCCCAACGCCGAGACCUACGACCCCUACCGAUUCCUGCGCCUGCGCGAAGUCCCCGGCCACGAGACCUCCGCCCAGUGCGUGUCUCCGUCCCCGGACCACAUGGCGUUCGGAUAUGGCAAGCACGCUUGCCCCGGUCGGUUCUUCGCUAUCAAUGAGGUUAAGAUCGCGCUGUGCCAUAUCCUUCUGAAGUAUGAGUUUAAGCUCGCUGAGGGAUGUAAGGUGAUGCCGAUGAAGAAUGGCAUCUCACUCAAUUCGGAUCCGAGGGCGAAAGUUGCUUUCCGGCGACGGAAGGAGGAGUUGGUUAUAUAG